AUGGGCUCAUCCAAUUGUACAGCUUUCAUACUGAUAACGGUAUGGACUAUCGUCCUUUUUCCCUAUGUUGCAGCUGAAGUUGCCGCAACUUCGUUACUACAACUAGAGGCAGAUGCUCUAAUCGAGAGUGGUUGGUGGAGUAGCUACAGCAACGACACUUCGCAGCGUUGCAAGUGGACAGGUAUCUCAUGCAAUGACGUUGGUAGCGUCACCAAAAUUUACCCACCUUCCGAUGGCGCAGUUAAAUUUGAAAAUAUGAACUUCUCCUGCUUUCCGAACCUUGUUUUUCUCAGUCUUAGUGGUCAAGAAGUCUCCGGGAGCAUGAAUGACGAUGGGGUCGUUAUGUCCAAAAUAGGCCAUCUAUCAACAUUAGUGCACCUCGACUUGUCCAACAAUAGUUUAUUUGGUGAGUUAUCUCCUCAGCUUGGCAAUCUCUUCCAAUUAGAGUUUCUUGAUCUUUCAUAUAACAGAUAUAUUAAGGGUUCCCUCCCUUUGGAGCUAUGGAAUUUGAAGAAUCUCGCCAUUUUAAAUUUGACUGGGAACCAAAUUAAACAACUGUUUCCGCCAUCCUUUCUUCUUUUGAACAACAAUCUUACCCACCUGCAUCUGUCCGGCAAUAUGCUCGUCGGUUCAAUCCCUUCUCUUGGUCAGUUAACCAAUUUAGUGACCCUGAAUUUGUCUAAUAACAUGCUGGAUGGCUCCGUUUCUUCCUCUCUUGGUUCAUUAACCAAUUUGGUCACCAUCAAUCUAUCAAACAACAAGCUUGUUGGUCCAUUAUUCAAUUUGAAUCAUUUGACAAAACUGGAAGAAUUGCUUCUUAGCUUCAACAGAAUCGACGGGUCUAUGCCUUCAAAAAUUGGAGAUUUGCAGACUUUGCGUGUUUUGUCCCUUAAUUCAAAUCUUUUAGAAGGUGCAAUACCGGAGGAAAUUGGGAACUUGAAUGCACUGACAUCAUUGGACCUCUCAGGAAACCAGUUGAGUGGAUCCAUUCCGCCCCAAAUUGGUAAUUGCCUGGAUUUAGAAGAGUUAAAGCUACGCAGCAACAGUUUACGAGGUCCCAUUCCUGAUCAAAUUGGAAGCCUUUUUCUAUGUCGAGUAGAUCUCUCAGGAGUUCCCUAUAGUCUUCGUUGGUUAACAAAUUUUAAUUACUUGAACUCUAACUGUUACGAAAUUGAUGCCAAUGCAUUUGGUGGCAACCAAACUUUAGCACCCUACUCAUGUUCUCCACCACCCCAUUCUUCAAUGAAUUACAUUCUCCUCCAAACAUUUCUUCCUUUUUCCUUAUUCUUUGCCGUUUAUUAUUUUGGGUGUUCAUUAUUGUUGAGGUAUAAGGCCAAGGUCAACCCAAUUACAGUGCAAACACCUAGGAAUGGAGAUCUGUUCUCGAUAUGGAACUAUGAUGGAAAGUUAGCAUAUGAAGACAUCAUAGCAGCAACAAGUGAUUUUGACAUCCGAUACUGCAUUGGAACUGGUGGUUAUGGAAGUGUUUACAGAGCACAGUUACCUAGUGGCAAAGUGGUGGCCUUAAAGAAGCUUCAUCGUCUUGAAGCAGAAGAACCGGCUUUCGAUAGGAGUUUCAAAAAUGAGAUAAAAUUUUUGACAGAAAUUCGACAUCGGAAUAUUGUGAAGCUACAUGGUUAUUGUCUACACAAGCGAUGCAUGUUUUUGAUUUACCAAUACAUGGAAAGAGGAAGCUUGUUUUGCGUCUUAAGUGAUGAUGGUGAAGCUGUGGAAUUGGGUUGGACCAAAAGAGUUAACAUCAUCAAGAGCACAGCUUAUGCUUUGUCUUACUUGCAUUAUGAAUGCACACCAACAAUAGUCCACAGAGACAUAUCAAGUAACAACAUUCUUUUAAACUCAGACUGGGAGGCUUUUGUCUCUGACUUUGGCACUGCUAGAAUCCUAGACCCUGAUUCUUCAAAUAUAACCAGGCUUGUUGGCACUUGUGGCUACGUAGCUCCAGAACUUGCCUACACAAUGGUUGUAACAGAAAAAUGUGAUGUUUUUAGCUUUGGAGUUCUGGCAUUGGAAACAUUGAUGGGAAAACAUCCUGGGGAACUUUUAUCAAUGGUGUCAAAACCAUCAUCUUUGCAAAAUAUAAUGCUAUCCGAUAUAUUAGAUCCACGUCUCUCACCACCAACAAGCCAGAUGGUCGCGCAGAAUAUUGUUCAUGUUGCUACAAUAGCAUUAGAAUGUGUACAUACCGAUCCAAAAUUCCGGCCAACGAUGAAACAGGUCACCCAAGGGUUUCUUUCUUGUCAAAGAUCAUUCAGGAACCCCAUCCGAACAAUCUCUUUGCUGCAACUGGUGAACAGUGAGAUGUACAAGGAAAGUGCAUGA